AUGCAGUCGCUCCUGGCGCGCCUGCGCGUCUUGGUAGACGCCAUGGGCGUCGCCGUGACUGAAUCGGGCCCCACGCCCGCGCCCGCACUGCAGCGCACCAUGCAUAGACACGCUGAGAUCUUGCGCGACUACAACCAGGAGUUCCGCAAGACGAUGGACGCUUUGGUCGCGUCGAGGGACCACGCGGAUCUCAUGGCCGGCGCGGCGGCCGCCGCCGCAGAGGGCGGCCGCGUCAGGGUCGUGGGCGACAGCCCCGGGCUGGACGGCUUGUAUAAAGAGCGCGCCUCGAUUGCUGGCGCGACGACUGGCGCGGAUUCCGCGAUCGCUACGGGACUGAGCUUGAAAGAAGACUUGGAGAGACAACGGGCUAUGUUUGCGAGUAUGGUCGAGAGGAUGGAGACCAUGUCUGAGGGGUUGCCGGCGGUUAAUCGGUUGAUUGGUCAGAUUAGAAGGAAGAAGAAGAGGGAUGUGCUUAUUAUGGCCGCUGUGGUUGGGACUAUGCUGUUCAUUACGUUUUCGUGGAAGGUUAUGCAUUGAAGAGGGGAGCAGUGUUGUGGGACGCGUCCAGUUGUUGCAGAUGUACAAUUGUUGUUUUUAACUUAUAGACAGGGAAGGAGGGUUGGUGCGGGGGUUGGAGAAGAAUUCACUACGCCGGCGGUGGUGGUGCGGAAGGGAUACACGGGGUGGAGUGCACACGAAACGGCUAUGCUUUUGAUUUGGCUCUUCCGUAAAUGUACAUGCCACGGUGGUUCAGCACCUCAAACUCCGGGCGAAAGGCGAGGUGCUCCGCCUCCCUGCGCAGCACGAUAGAAACGCAGGGAAAAGAAUCGUGCUUAGGUGAGAAUGCUGGUGGGGCCUUAACCACACACAGCGCAUUCGACGAUCAACCGUGCAGACGUACCAUAAGGAAGCGCGCUCCAUGCCUAGAGGAACGAGCGGGCCUGCCAGACAUGCGGCACCUGCAAGCGCCAGAACCAGAGCAGCGGCGGACGAAAGCACUUGGGACCGUGGAGAGGCCGUGGAUCGGGCAAGAAGAGCGAUGGAAAGAGCAGACAGAAGGAGAAGAGAGGAGCCCAGGAGGUGCGCGGAGCGGGAGAGAGGAGGCAUGAAGAGGGGAGCGGGAGGGCACAAAAUCACUUUCGGGAGAAGGGGUGCCCGAGAGGGUACUCGACGAUUACAUAUGUACCGUGGCUACAACCAAACAGACCCAUGGUGCCGUCCACGUGUACAUGCGGUACAAAACCGAUGUCGUGUUUCACCUGUGCCACGUGUUAAACGUGGAGGGACCUGGCAGAAUUAAAGCAUGUGCAAGAGAGAGUUGGAGAUGGAACACGACAAUUCUGUGAGUGUGACGCGUACCGCAUUAAUAGAAA